AUGACUAGUACUUUGUAUGUGGUGGAGUCAUCACCAGAGAGUCUUAGGGGGGGAUUAGUUGUACUGUCCGGGUUAGGAAACUCACUGGGCACCCCGUUUCUCUAUUUCCUGAGGUUGAUUUUGAGACAGGAGUUGAUCGGUGUGGUGGUGACGACAUUGCCAAUAAUCCAGUUCUUGAUUCUGUUGAUAUUCAUCAAGGAAAACGCUGUUUGGUUGCUCUACCAGAACAAAGAAGAUGAGGCUUUGAGAGACCUGGAAAGAAAGUUUGUUACCGUUCAGGAAGCACAUAAACAGCUACAGACUCAGAAGACUUUGGUCUUAAAGCUAAAACUCAGGUCUAGAUAUUCUGUCUGGAAAAAGAUAAAAAUGGCCUUUUCUAGCACAAUCUUCCGAAGAGCUGUCUUGAGAGGUUUAGUUCCGGUGAUAGUUUCUCAAAUGGUGUUUCCACAGUAUAUACUAUACAUAAAAAAACUGGCUCUGGAGGAUGCUAAAGUUUCAAAGAGUGUGGAAGUUGGAAUAUCAGUUAGUGCUUCUGUAAUAGGCUUCACCUGGGAGUCUAUGUUUAUUGAAGGAGUGGGGAGGAAAAGGGUCCUUCUAUUGUCCCUUUGGACCAUCUCUACGGAUUUAGCAUUAAUGAGCAGCUUGGUCUACGUCUUUCCUGAGACUCCUUCGAGGAACAUGAUGGCCACAGUCCUGAUAAAUAUUUAUCUGCUUAUGUAUGGCCCCGGAUUCGGAGUCAUUCCACUGCUAGUGAACACUGAAGACUUUCAAUUUAAAUUCAGACCAAUUGGAUCAGCAGUUGCUGGAGCAGCGAAUAAAUUCAUCCACGGAGUGAUAUUGUUGUUCGUGUUGCCUCAUGCGAAGGAUGCUAGUCAAGUUAAGGUGUUAUCUAUGGUAUGUAUGUUGUCGAUUCUUGGGAUAAUGUCAAUAUCAUUUCUUCUCCCAGAGGACAAAAAACCCAAAGAAAAGAAAAGGGCCUUGGGCUUGAAAAUUAGGAUGGGUAAACGGAUCAAAGUUCAAAGCCACCUUUACAAGGCCCUGCAGCAUGAUGUUCAGCCGCAUCAACAUAUUGAGUGA